AUCAAUUUCAAUCAGUCAUCUAAGAAAUUUAAGUUGGUAAGAAAAAUGGCGGUAGCGAGAGCAAUGUUGUGAAAUACUCAAAUGAAAUGGAUUCUGCUGAAAAAUUUUAUUUUUAUUUUUGGCUUUAACAGAAAAGUAUUCUUUUUGUAAUAUGAGAAUCAAGUUUGGUCAUUUUAAUUCAUGGUUUCUUCUUUAUGAGUGGGAAAAGAAGAAAAUCAGCUGAAGCCGUCUACUUUUGUCGUGUUAGUCUACGCUUUGUAACAGAACUGAAACAUUCUCAAGUCAAAAUUCACUCUCGGAACUCACGUCGGUACUCGCAGUAUUUUUAAACCGAGAUAUAUAUUUCUUUAGUGAUGUCUAGUCCUGUCAAAAACCGUUUUAAAAUUACGUCCCUUAUUUAUUAUUAAUAGGUUUUAUCCCGGGUGUGAUUUCACGUGUACAUAAAAACAUUUGAAACGGCCGUUUUGAAAUGAUCGAUAACACCGAUGCAGAUUUGACACCUUCACUAUUAUAAGAAAUAAAGUGUUUCAGUUUGAUAAUUGUACGUGGAAAUAACAAAAUGUCUGUACAUCGCGAGUUACAAAAGUUCAAUUCGAGUCCCAACUUGAGUGCGGAAGUCGCGCCCAUUCUGUUCAGGGACUGGGAAGACAUAACGCAGGAUUUUUUCGACAACAUAAAAGUUCUGAAGUUGGGCGAGUUACUCCACGACGAGUUGUUCGGACUGUUCGAGGCCAUGUCUGCGAUUGAAAUGAUGGAUCCGAAGAUGGAUGCUGGUAUGUUAUGCAAUAGGCUCAAAAAGUCUUCACCGGAUAAAUUCGACACAAAGCUCAAAUUCAGAAAUUUCUCCGUGGGCGAGCAAAUCGGGAUUAUCGACACCACUUGGGCCUGUAUGGUGUCCUGGUUGGACGGCCAUUCUCUGGCGCAGACGGUGUUCACCAACUGCUACCUCUACAAUCCGCACUUGCUCUGUGAGAAAUCGCUGAAGGCGUUUUGUAUAGCUAUUUAUAAACUGAUCGAUAUAAUCCGAGAUUUUGUCAAUAGAGGGCUUGUCUUUGAAGAGGAAGAUAUUCAGCCUAUGAUAUACGGCUACAGGCUUCAUCCGGACGUUUCCGAAGCGAAAACUGUCUCUAUGCUCAAGGAAGUAGAAGAUGAGAUGAUUAAGAAGAAAAAAGCGCAAGCCGCCAAUGAAGAUGAUCAAGGUGAAGAAGAAGAUUUGAGUCCUGUAAUCCUUCGCAUUCGUUUCAUCAGGAUUUUCUUACAGGCCUUAAUGGAGCUGUCAAAAAAAGAGGUGACUCCUGCAGGAGUGGCCGAAUGUGGAAAACUGCUUUCUCUCUGUUCUGACCAGAUUCCCGCGCUUAUUGAAUCGAAUAGCAAAUCUUGCCCUCCGGCCUAUGUUUCGGAAGUUCACGGUCCUGUUAUGAUUGGAUUUGACCCUUUAUUCAACCAAAGGCUCCUGCCGCCCACCUUUCCCCGAUACACGCAUAUUAAAUCUGUGACUGAAUCUUAUAAAAGGUUGGACGAACUUUUUGUUAGGCUUCGACAAGUUAUUAAAAUAAUAAAUUACACAUCUUUCCAAGCGGCGUUAGAACUGAUGUUGGAAGUGAGCUGUACAAAGCCAUGCAUAGUGAGUAGGAGUGUGAUGCAGCUGUUGUUUCUUCCACAGUGCAGCCGAGUGGGAGAUACGAUCCAUUGUCUAGAAGCCAUUAAAGAUGCUGCAAAACUUUUUAUUUCACCGCCCAUACUUAUGCCCAGAUCUCCUUUGCUCAAUAACGCUCAGGCGAAGGAUUACUUGCAGUGUUUCUUUGGCCAUUGUAUUAGACCUUUUAGCAGUCUUGUUCAGCUCUGCGGUCACAAUAGAGCUCGCCAAAGAGACAAACUGGCACACCUUUUAGAAGAUUUUGCAAAUUUACAAGACGAGGCUGAAAGAGUGGAUGCCUUUCUCCAUAACCUGCCGAAUAAGUUUGAGAACUCCAGACCUAAUUUGGCUUGUUUUGGUACAUGGAUUUUGUAUCAUACUAUAAGAAUAAUGAUAAUGUUUCUCCUAUCUGGUUUCGAGCUAGAACUGUACAGUACACACGAGUACCAUUAUAUUUUCUGGUACUUGUAUGAAUUUUUGUACACCUGGUUGAUUUCGUCGUUAUUGAGAGCAGACAGCUUUCUUAUCGAACAGGAGAACCAGAAUGAACAGAAUAAAAACAAACGCAGAAACAAACCAAGGAAUAAGAAGAAACUGAGGCCUUACGUUAGGGAAAUUACAUUGAAUCAAGCCCUUCAUAGUAUGUGCACCGGUUACUACAAGGCGUUGGUUGCCAUGAAGAAAGAAGGCAAAAUCCCUUAUCCCCAUCCUGAAUUUGACAACGAGCGUGUCCGUUACGAGCACAGAUUUGCACCGUUCAUCAACAUCUUGAUCACACCCCCUCCUGUGCAGUACCGUGAGUUUAAAGAAAUAAACAGCCGCCAGGAGGAAACUGAUGUCUUGAAAUUGUACACUCAAGGCUACAGGGCUUUCCAUGAGGCAAAGACUCUCCUAGAAACAGUGCACAAUCCAAACCAAGAAGUCGCGGAUUUAGUGAGAGUCUCCAAAACCAACUUUAUUGUAUUGAAACUUCUUGCCACAGGACAUCAAAUCAGUUCUCCAGUUCCGGAUUUUGAUUUCUCUGUACAUCGACAUUUUCCUAUUAUAAAAAUUUAAAACAAGUCAGUGCCCAUUUAAAUAUUAAACUUUGGUCAUUUUUCCUUA